AUGCAGCCCAAGCAAACCCUUCUCUCCUUCUUCCUCCUCCCCCUCCUCCCCUUCUCGACAGCCCAGUCGUCCGGCACGGGCUCGACAACCCGCUACUGGGACUGCUGCAAGCCUUCCUGCGCCUGGCCCGGCAAAUCCAGCCAGCUCGCCACGGGGCCCGUGACGACCUGCGACCGCAAUGACAACCCCCUCUCCGACGGCGGCGCAACGCGCUCCGGGUGCGAUUCUGGAGGAAGCGCGUACAUGUGCAGCAGCAACUCGCCCUGGGCCAUCAACGACAGCCUCGCGUACGGGUGGGCGGCCGUGAGGAUCUCCGGAGGCACUGAGAGCCAGUGGUGCUGCGCGUGCUAUGAGCUCACGUUCACGAGCGGGCCCGUGGCAGGGAAGAAGAUGAUCGUGCAGGCUACGAACACGGGCGGGGACUUGGGACAGAAUCAUUUCGACCUUGCUAUCCCCGGCGGUGGCGUGGGCCUGUUCAACGCUUGUACGGACCAGUACGGAGCGCCGGCCAACGGGUGGGGCCAGCGGUACGGCGGCGUCAGCUCCCGCUCCGAGUGCGACGCGUUCCCGCAGAAACUCAAGGCCGGGUGUUACUGGCGGUUCGAUUGGUUCAAGGGCGCCGACAACCCGGCCGUGUCCUUCAAGCAAGUGACAUGCCCGGCGGAGAUCACAAACAAGAGCGGCUGCAGGCGGCAGGGGUAG